UCGGUGUAUGUAGACGCGUCCGUGGAAUAAAAUUAAGUUUUUAUUCAUUUUUGUGUUUUUCCCCAUAAAAAAGUGCUUUUUCUACCAAUACAAAAACACAGAAAAUGUGUAAUUUUUCUAUGAAAAGUGUAAUGUUAAGUGAUUUGGUGAAUGAACAUUAACAUUGAACUGGAUUUUUUAUUUGUAAACGCAAUGACACGAAAAUCUAGAAAAAUCGAAAGUUACAUGACUAAAAUCAAUUGUAAAGAGAGGAAAUCAACCCAUUGAUAUGACUGGAGAGAUGUCAUUGUUGAUGACAGUGACCGAUAUUGUGCCAGUUACAACGACAAAUGACAACAUCACCAAUGGAUCAUCACUAAUUGUAAAUGGUAUUAAAGACGAAGGCCAAAGCGGUUGGGCCGAUGUAACGGUGUUAUGUGUGAAAAGUAUCAUUUUCGGAACAAUAAUCAUUGGUGCGGUGCUCGGCAAUGCAUUGGUUAUAAUAUCGGUGCAGCGUAAUCGAAAAUUGCGUGUGAUUACCAAUUAUUUUGUUGUUUCGCUGGCAAUGGCUGAUAUGCUAGUGGCAUUGUGUGCGAUGACUUUUAACGCAUCGGUUGAACUGUCGGGACGAUGGAUGUUCGGACCGUUUAUGUGCAACGUUUAUAAUAGUUUAGAUGUUUAUUUUUCAACCGCUAGCAUACUUCAUCUUUGCUGUAUAUCUGUCGAUAGAUAUUUCGCAAUUGUCCGUCCACUGGAGUAUCCACUAUAUAUGACGAAUCGAACUGUUGGCUUUAUGUUAACUAAUGUAUGGAUGCUGCCAGCGCUAAUAUCGUUUACUCCAAUUUUCCUCGGAUGGUAUACAACAGCUGAGUAUUUGGAGUUGCAGAGCCAAAACCCCACCGAAUGUCUAUUCAAAGCAAACAAAGCGUAUGCAAUUAUUUCGAGCUCGGUGAGUUUCUGGAUCCCUGGAUUUGUUAUGAUAACAAUGUACUGCAGAAUAUACAGGGAAGCAGUGCGUCAACGGAAGGCAUUGAGUCGUACCAGUUCCAAUAUUCUACUGAAUAGCGUUCACAUGGCGCAUACAACACAUCAAAUGCAUCAUUCACAUCAUAUGAACUACUUGCAUCCGAGCGAUUGUGAUUUAAACUUAACUCUUAAGCAGCUGAGACGAGAUAGCACUUAUAGUUCAACUAGCAAUAUCGAGAUACAACGUGUUCAAACCGUUAAAGAAGAUGCUGAUGAAUUAAGACUACCCUCGCCGCCACAACGACGCCUAAGCCGUAGCAGUAUAGAUUUGCGUGACCUUGAACAACAACAAUACGAAAAAGUGACGCACACUGACAGCGCGCCGUCAAUAAUUGCAACCGAAAAUUUCAAUUACGAAAUAAAGAAGAAUAAAUCGGGCAACUUUCUGCAGCCACUAUUUUCGAAAACGAAUUUUCUCAAACAGCCACUGGAAUGCUUUCACACCAGCUUCAAUAAUAAUACGCUGAAAACUAGCCCCAAAGAAUUGGACGUUGUGCCGAUCGAACACGAUGACGAUGAAUUGGCACGGUUUAUCGAGGACAAUUUUCAUUACUUCAAGAAGCAGAGUGGCACCGUCAAUAACGAAUGUAUCGAUGGUAACGGCAGCAAGAAGCAAAUAUCGGCGUUGAGCGAUUCCGAUUUCAUUAUGUUCAAAAAUAAUUGGGCACUUGAUGAAAAGAAACCGAAAGAGGUCAAGCACAAGAUAUCGGCUUGCAGUGAUUCGGAUUUCAUUUUAUCAUACGGCACGAAAAUGAGCAAAAUAUCGCUGAAGGCAAAGCUUCCAUUUACGAAAACGAUAUUAAGUACGCGAAUUAAGAAUACGAAUAAGGAAAAUGCGAAUCAAAUGCCGAACAACAACGAUGGAAAUCGUCAUUGCAAUGAGAACAAGGGCGGUCUGUUUUUUAAACGUGGCGAAAAGGCGAGCAAACUAUCUAAGUCGUGCAACGGAUGCUGUUACCAUAAGCCACAAGACGAAAGUGUCGUUAGAAGUUUGCAACGGGUGUUCAGUGAGGGCAACAAUCAGUCUACUGACGAUUUCACCGUCACAAAUGCUGUUACAUCGAAACCAUUUAGUGCUGUGGAUAUGUUCUUAAAGCUGUUGGAUUUUGAAAAAAACGAUCCACUUUACAUUGACGACCACUUCAACAAUUGCAAUUACGACUUGAUAUUCAACAAUCGAAACGAGGAUACAUUAAAUUGUGAUCUUAUCAAGAUAAAGCCGGACAACUGUAGUGUAGUGAAUAGUUUUUCCGAUGCCUUGACUAGCGCACAAGGAACCGGCCGUAUCGCUUCGAACAGCUUAGAUAAAAUAUUUUCGAAGAGCAGUGAACACUUAAUUUUAAUCAAUAAAUGUGCAUUGGACGAUGGUAAUUCAAUUUUAGUGUUAAACAAAAAACAACCAAUCGAAAGUCUUAGCUCGGACAAUGUAUUCGUAAAUAAGUUCGUCGUUACAUCGCCGCCACUAUCACCACGCAAAACUAAAAUCAGUUCAUCAUCAUCACCACCACCUCCUACCACCCAAAAUUUGAUGAUGUUCACCGAAUCAACAAUGGAAUCAUCUGACAUAAUCGAUCCGAUUGGACGGCCGACCGGUAUGAUGCCGUUGAACGGCCACACCAUCACAUUUUCCAACGAGCCAGACAUCAUAAAAGAUUCGCAAAAUUCCAUCAAAUUGCUGAACGAAAAUUGUAAAAAUGGCAAUCGUCCGGACAAGCGGGACGGUGUCCAUCGACAGCCUGCAUUCGUUACGUAUGAUAUUAAUGUAAUAAAUAAUUCGGAAGACAUAAGUCCGGAUGGUGGUUAUACGACGAAAAACUGUGCUCCGAAUGCUAGACGAUCGACCAGUUCCACAAGUCUAAAUGUAAAGCCACUAAGUUCUAUCCGAAGACGCGGUGCCAUUUGCAUAACCAUAAAUGAUUUUGAACAAGACGAUCGUUACUCAAACAAUAAUGUUUGGACGAAUAGUACUGGUGAUAUUGAUAAAGCCUACAACAAAUCAAUGAAAGAUCGACGCGCGUCGGUCACAUUUCGUGGAUCAACGACGACCCAUUGGUGGCAACGAAUUUUAUGUUGUGAUUGUGUGCGACCGAAAAAACGAAAACUUGGACGAAAUUUUGAUAAGACUGGGGAAGGAGGCGGAUCGGUUCGUCCGGCGAAAGGAUGGCGGGCCGAACACAAAGCUGCAAGAACGUUGGGAAUCAUAAUGGGUGUAUUCCUGCUGUGUUGGUUACCAUUUUUUCUAUGGUACGUAAUAACAUCACUGUGUGGCGACGCAUGUCCGUGUCCCGAUGUUUUAGUAGCUGUUCUGUUCUGGAUUGGAUAUUUCAAUUCGACACUGAAUCCAUUAAUCUAUGCUUAUUUCAACCGUGAUUUUCGGGAAGCUUUUAAGAAUACAUUGGAGUGUGUGUUUCUUUGCUGGAAUAAGAAGACACCAUAUAGCGCUUAUUAUGUAUAGUAACUAAAAACGGUUAACAU